ACAACCUCUGCAAACGGAAGUGCAUGGUCCAUUUCUCCUAUGUUUAGUGUCAAAAUGGCAGCUUGCGUGGCUCGGAGGCUGGGACCUCGGCUGGCAAAAAUUGCUUCGGUGUCUCGGACCUUCCAUUGCAGUACUGUGGAUCAGUCUGGUGGGGCCUGGAGAGUGAAGCACGGUUUCCCUAUAAACCCUUCACAUUACGGACCCUUAACAGACCUUCCCGACUGGUCGUUUGCUGAUGGGCGGCCAGCCCCACCGAUGAAAAAUCAGCUCCUUCGGAAGGAAAAGAACGAAAACUUGGCUCGUCGUCGGGUAGCCAUGAUCUCCACAGAAAUGGAUCAGGGGGUGGAGAAGUGGAAAGCUAAGCAGAAUGAACGAGAGCGACGGGCAGAGGAAAAGCGACGCAACAGACUUCAACCUAAAGGAAGCUCCCAAAAGCAAGACCCCAAAUAAACACUUUCCCUCCCCCC